GAGAAUGUCAAACUGAAAACCUUCAAAACAUAUUUAUAUAUAAACGCUGCAACAUUUUUUUUUUAUUUUAAUAAAAUUCUUUAUAAAAAUCCGAACCAACAACGACAAAAAGAGUAAAAAGACGAAAUUCGAACUGGACAAGAGGCAAUAAACCGCCUAAAUUCCUUGUAAUUGAAUAUGCUUUUUAAUUUCUUGCCACAAUUCAAUUGGUAUGAGAUUUGGUCUGCUUGUAAUGCCACUUCGCACAAUCGAAUCAAUUCAAUUUUUUGGAUUGGUUUAUUUUAUAUUGUCUGUUUUCAUUAUUUUAAGAAAAUAUUGCAGCCACAUUUAAGGGCCUCAAAACUAUCCUACUACAAAUGGAACUUAACCGUUCGCUAUGUUUGGAAUAUAUGUUUUUAUAUCGUUGCUAUUGCAUUUUUAUACGUGUAUCAGAAAUAUUUCUUGGCUGACAGUCUAUAUUUCAAGCAAAAUGGACAAAACUACUAUCGAAGCUAUGAAAAUCUCAUAUUUUUUACGUCAAACCAUCGGUGCAAUUUACUCAAUUCGGUCAACUAUAUUCUGAUAUCAUUUUAUUUGAUCGAUGUGAUAUUUGAUUUGAACGAGGGCUAUGUGUCAGAAGCGGUGAGCAAAUUUUUGGCCUGCGGUAUUGUUAUCUGCUUUGAUGUUUAUCGAUUGGAAUACUUUUCCGUGAUGUUCAACAUUCUCUUGGCGCUAAUUUAUUUAUUUACGGAUGGAUUAUCACUGGUCGGCUGGCAUAUACCGAAGAAUCGCGAUGUCGCUUUUCGAGUUUGCGUUACAUUGAAGCUGUUGCUAUGGUCGUUUGUAUUUUUGAAUUUAUUGCCGUUCAAGUUUCUAAUUCCAACACUGUAUGGACGAAAGUUCUUCAUCUGGCUCAAUUCGUUCUUUUUACUUUGGUAUGGAUCUUGCAUAUGGAAUUCGCCCAUUCUGCAGUACUUCUACCAUCAAAUUUACCAUACCAACAGUAACUCGAACGAUUGCCUUGGCGAGAGAUCGGUUUCUAGAUGUAUUUUGAUCAAGGAGACCAGAGAACUACGUCACCUGAAGAACAUUCGAAACGCGCUGAUUGAAAUACAGUUGAACAGCGUGGAACAGAAAGACGAUGCAAGUCACUCCAUGAAAACCUAUCAAACCAUCAAGUGUAUGAUCGCAUUGAAACGAAAAUUGAAACGGAUCCGGGAAAACAAGGAGCAAUUUAUAUCAAGCUAGAAGUAAAACAGAAUUUAUUUGAGUUGUUGUUACAAAAGACUGAACAUAGGACAAAUGAUUGUAUAAAAGUUCACUAAAUGUGUUGAUAAUAAUGUGGUCAUGUUACCUAUUUUGUGCUUCAUUAUAUUUUGUGCUGGUAUAUUGGUAUUUUUGUAACUUGUUCAUUUGAUGUCACAUAAACCUACAACGGAUUCUCAUUAAAUCACCGAAUUUGGUGUCUUUUCCAAAUCCCAUCAUUCCAAGCUCACCAACGACAUUUUAUCGAAAAGAAAUGAAUGACAACCACACACAAUUUUUUUUAAAUCAAUUUAUUUAUUAUUUUAUUUCUAAUUUUCGGUAAGUUCACCCAAAAUGAAACAAAAAGCAAAUCUUUAAAUGAAGUUUCGCCCGAAAAUACAAAACAAAUCGAUUCGUUGGUACUAUUUCUAUUUAUACGUGAAGUGUUUUAAUAGAAAAUAAAUAAAAUUGGUUUGAAUUUGAAUGGA